CCUCACUCCGUUCGGUCUCCUGCUGUGUCCUACAGAACGUCCAAUUCUGGCAGCCGCUAUCGUGCAUUGGGCGGUGUAAGACAGCAUGCCAGCUAUCUUGCAGGAACAACCCUUGAAGCUAUCACCACUUUCUUCAAAUGCCUAGUUGCCAUGUCAACUUGGUAUUCAUCGACUGAAGGACUUGCAAAACUAGCCGUGUGUCUUUUGUAUAAACAACUUUUUCCGCAACGGUCAAUCCACUUGAUCGUAAAUAUUACAAUGGCUCUUCUAAUCGGUGCGUCAGUUGGUGGUGGCCUUGCUGAUUUAUUUGGAUGCACUCCAUUUUCUUCCCACUGGGGCACCGCUGAAGAACAAGCCAAGGAUUGUAUAGACACAGAAGCCUUGUUUGUUUGGGGCAGUUUUCCCAACAUUUUGACUAAUGUAAUAAUGCUCAUCAUCCCGCUUCCAGUUAUUUGGAAACUACACGCUUCUAUCUGGAUGAUAAUAGGCCUCUUAACUACAUUUCUUGUCGGCAGCAUUGGGCUUAUUACCUCCGUCUUGUGUUUCAGGGCUUUCUAUAAAAAGAGCUCUUUUACUGAUCCUACUUUCAAUGCCGUUGAGCUGAUUAUUUGGACUGUAUGCAAACCUAGCGUUUAUUUGUUUAAGUUGAAUACCCCACUUUCUGGUCACUCUCGGCUAACGGCAUCGCAAAUGACGUAG